GCGAGGUGGCGGGCGCGCGGCCCGCCUGGAAGGUUCCAUGUUUGUGUUGGUGUUUGUCGGUGGCGACGCCGCAGCCUCUCUUCCCUCCGCCUCUUUCAGUUCGAGCGAGCUGCUCCCCGGUGGCGGAGGCAGUGGCAGAGUCGGUCUGGAUGGAUCAUCAGCAUCAUGGCGAUUGAUGGUGGAGAACGUACUUGUGGAGUUCAUGAGCUUAUAUGUAUCCGCAAAGUAUCUCCAGAAGCAGUUGGGUUCCUCUCUGCUGUUGGGGUGAUUGUCAUUCUUAUGAUCCUUCUCUUCCUAUAUAUCAACAAAAGACUGUGCAUUGAGAAUAUAGGAGAGUUUCCGUGCCUUGAUACAGAAUACAGGGCCAAUAAAGAUUUACAAGACAAUACCCAUAACAGCUAUGGUGAUGGAGACCACCAUGGUUCCUCAUCAGACAGUGAAGAUGAGGUGCUUGGCAAAUACCAUGAGGCUUUGUCCAAAACACAGAUCGCCUCUGGUGCAGCAUCAGACAGCAGACACCAUCAGAAAGGGUACUUGUGGGAAUCCAGACUCAAAUAUAGUCCUCUGUCAGCUGAAUAUGAUGGAUACAGCAGUGAGGCAUCUGCAGAUGAAGAACACUGUAUUCAGAGGAUGAGGAGGACACCCCCACUUGAUGAACUUCAACCACCCCCCUAUCAGGAUGACAACGGAUCACCACAUCUCUCCUACACACCAUCAGAACUGGAUGACAAGUGUGAACUCUCUCAUUCCAGUGCAGAUUGCAACAGUCCACGUUGUUCAUACAGUAAGUGCCCUAGCGAGGGAAGUGUAGGCCAUGAGACAGAGAGCUACCAUCACAAAGGAUAUGAGGAAGAUGUUCCCAGCGACAGCACUGCCAUCCUCAGUCCAGAGGACAUGUCAGCAAGAGGAUCGUCUGCACAGCUACCAAAAGCUUACGAUCCAGAGCCUGUGUCAAAGUAUGGCACAUUGGAUGUCACUUUUGAUUUUGACUCACAAGCACAGAAACUUAUGGUAACAGUAACAGCUGUUACAGACAUUCCAACACAUAACCGAACUGGCAACAGUUCAUGGCAAGUACAUCUUGUGCUACUUCCCACAAAGAAACAACGAUCAAAAACAAGUGUCCAGCGGGGACCUUGUCCUGUCUUCACAGAGGCAUUUAGGUUCAAUCGCAUUGAGUCUGAGAUGAUUGGUAAUUAUGCAGUGCGAUUUAGGCUCUACAGUAUACGACGCAUGAAAAAGGAAAGGAUUGUUGGUGAAAAGGUAUUCUAUCUUACCAAGCUAAAUCUACAAGGCAAGAUGUCCAUUCCAAUUGUGCUGGAGCCUUGUGGCAGCCUCACUGGCUGUGACUCCCAGAUGAGCAUGUCUGAGAUGUCCUGCAGUGAAAGCACUUCUUCCUGCCAGUCUCUGGCACAUGGCUCGACACCAGAAAUCCUAGUUGGCCUGCUAUAUAAUGCCACCACUGGCAGACUGUCAGUAGAAGUCAUAAAAGGAAGCCACUUCAAAAACUUGGCAGUGAACAGACCACCUAAUGGACUGUUCUGUUGUCUAAAACACUUGAUAGGUGGGCAGGUUUAUAUAAUCCGAGACACAUAUGUCAAGUUAACACUGCUGAAUUCUAUGGGUCAGGAGAUGUCCAAAUGUAAGACGUCCAUUCGUCGAGGCCAACCAAAUCCUGUGUACAAAGAAACAUUCAUUUUUCAGGUAGCACUAUUUCAACUCUCCGAUGUGACACUCAUACUGUCUGUGUAUAACAAACGGAGCAUGAAACGCAAGGAAAUGAUUGGCUGGAUUUCACUUGGCCUCAACAGCUCAGGCGAGGAAGAGCUGAAUCAUUGGACUGAAAUGAAGGAAUCGAAAGGACAGCAAGUUUGUCGAUGGCAUUCAUUAUUAGAAUCCUAAUGAAUACGUUGUAUAUUGCAGUGGGCUUUGGCUCAGGGUUCAAAACAAUGUCUUUCAGACUUUCUUAACCAAACUAGUGGUUGCAGAAUAUGACAAUUGCCUCAUUUUUGGCUCAGUUCAUGAUAAUGCUGGAAAGUAAUGACUUUAUGGAAAAUGUGAGGGAACACAAUUUCCUGUAUAAUGUGUAUCAUUUACUAUCAGUGCAACACUUAAGGUGAGGCAUAACAGUUUUUAGAGAAUUAGAGAAAAAUUAUAUUGUUUGAAAAGCCCAAACAAUAUGGUCUGUAAUAUUUAAGUCAUUAGUUGAGGAAAUGCAGAAAGAUAGUGAUUAAUAGUCAAAAACCAUAUUAUAAGAAAUUAUUUUGGUGAGGCAUGAGCUUGGCAAUUUUACUGUUAAAGGGUGUGGUAGUGAAUUUCCAAAGUAAGGAAUUCUGUUGUUCACACUGUAUUUGUUGAGCCACCACUGUUGGAAUCUGUUUUUAUAUGUUGAAGUGAGUUGCUCUUUGAUUUCUUGUAGCUGCCUCUUGCAUACUUUGUGAUAGGAAGCUAUUGCAUUCAAAUCAUUACAGCAAACUCCAGUAUCACAAGAAGCAAGCACAAGAACAAUGUCAAAAGCUCCAUGUAAGCCAACUGGCCACAAUUAUUAAUUAUAGUGAAAUUAGGUUUCUCUAUUAUUUAUUUGAUGAAUUUAAACAAUGCAAAGUAACAACUCACCAGAAUAAUUAGGUAUAUGGAGGUGCCUUUAGUACUCACUGGAUUGAAAGCUGAAAGAUUCUUAGCUGUGCCCUAUGGCUGGUGUCUUGAUCAGCCUCUUAACUCACGUCUAUAUAAUAGCAUUAUAUUUGGUCACCAAAGCAUAUAAAUUUCUAUUUGAGUGCAGGAUGGUACAUUACUGAUGGGGAGCAUGAGUAUUAAUUUCUCCAAUAUCUCUGAUCAGUUUGGCAGAUGUGUAAACAGUGUGCACUUUCUGUAUUAAUGAUAUACAGCUUCUUUAUGAUACAUAAGUACUUAUGUCAGCUUUUCCCACAAUGUCUGUUGACUACUGAACUACAGCUACGCCAUUCUGUACAUGAACUGGGAGUAGCAUAGACUGCCAUUACAUGACAUUGGAGGAAACUAACUUUCCCAUCACCAGCAUUAUUAAUUCUAUGAGCACAAAGCAAUUCAUAACACCAUAUUUCAAUGUAUAUAAUUUUAGGCAUGGGAAGGGAGGGUUUGAACUCAGAUUUAGUUAAGAUAUUUCCAAGAAAUUGUUGAUUAGGUACCUUUUUUUAAUAUUAGAAUUGUAGAAAAAUAUCAAAUAAUAUUAGUUUUACUCAGCACAGCUGAAUUUAUUCUUCAAUAAGCUGCAUUAAAAUAUGACUCCGAUUUUUUAUACAGGGUUAAUACAAUUAUCAUAUCUUACAACCGACAUACUUCAAUGUUUCAUACUUCAAUAAGAUAAGCAGUUACUAUCUAACAGCUGUUCUUUUAAAGCACAUUGGAUAGAGCAACAAAGUAACUGCUUAAGAUCUAAGUAAAUAAGUUUUUGUUUUAGUAAACUUCACCAAAAAUGGAGAGAAAUAUUAAAUCAGCACCUACUUUUAGGUAUCUGGCCAAUUAUUGAUUUAUAUUGAUAGCAGAUGCUAGGUAUGUGCAAAUGAUCUGGGGAAAGUAUCCUCAAUUUGUAUUAGUCCUUUCUAAACUAGGAAUGACUGCAAUAUUACAUUGUCAGACAAUGUUAGAAACGGUUUCUAUUAUGGACUUAUAGAGUUCUAAUAGUUUUAGAACAUAGAACUGCACUUAGUAUUUUGGACUUUUAAAAAAAUAUUAAUUAUCCUCACGGUGUAUAAGCUGUUUAGGUUUUAGAUUCGGCCUUUGAAAACAAAACACCUUUUAGUUGAAAGCAAAUCCAGGCACUUUCAGACUGUUGGCCAGUCAAUCUAAACCUAACUGAGUAAAGAUUUGGAGAUAGAACAUAGAACAUAGAAGAAUACAGCGCAGUACAGGCCCUUUGGCCCUCGAUGUUGCGCCGAUCCAA